AUGGUUUUCCUCGCAGAUUACCUUGAAGAAAGGUUUGAUCAACAACAUGCAGUGGCUUCAGAAUUAAUUGUCCCCAAGAAAAGGAAAUCAAAAGUCAAAAAGGAACAAACUUGUACUAAGACAAAAGCGGAGAAAGCCCGGCUUGGAUCAUAUGACAGGACAGAACCAAAAGAGCUUGAUGCCAUAAAACAUAUUAUUAGGCUAAGAGAAAAGCUCCAAUGGAAAACUCCAGUAUUGCCACAUAGUUUGAAAUACCGUCCUAAGAUUGCCCUUCAGAAGUACAGUCUAAAGGAACCUUUGAGAGAUGAUGGUGAAUUUGUAUACUGCCUUCCUAUGGAAAACACGAGAGGCAUCUUCAACGAGUAUGACCUUCAAGUAGUCUCUGCCCACAGAGCUAAAAAUUGCAAAGUAUUUUGGAUGGUCACCGCUUCAUUUGUCUCAAAGGUAAUAUCCAUGGCCUCACUAGUCAAAGACGUGGAACUCCUCUCUACCCUGGACUGGCUUUCAGAAAGACAUUACUUCUAUCUACUGCAGCAAUUUAAGAUAUUUUACAACUUCCGGAUGAAUAAAGCCUUUGUUACUUGGAAACUGAAUGUUAAAAGAAUUAAGACAGAGAAGAGCAGAUCGUACUUGUACGGCCACCUUUUCUGUGCUGACGAGCUAUUUCAAAGUUGCUUGCUUUAUGUAAGAGGCCUCUUUGAAGAUGCACUGAACCUCAAAAAGAACAAUGAAGACAACCCCUCCGCCGUAUGCCUUAUCAAGCUGGACACUUCCCGCACUUAUGCUCUGGACAAGUUUUGUGAAGAGCAGAUACAGCAAGCCACCCAGGCACUAGUACAACUCGAGGAGAUCAGGACUAAGGCAAUUGCGGAGAUAAAAAGCACAGUCCUAAAGGUUGCAGAAAAGAAAGAUAUCAAAGAAUACUUUGAGUCAAAACCAUCUGAAAUCGGCACAAUGCAUUUUAAACUGCCUCAGUAUCGGUUUUUAUUAGAAACAAAUUUGAAGUUUUUAAGGCUGAUUGAUUACCUGUUUCAAGAACUCAUUCGCCAGCUCAUGAACUCUGCAGUCAGCCAGCUUUUGGAAGUGUUCAUUGGUUCUGCAAGGGUGCCCUUUUCAAAGGAGAAGAAGAAUGAAAGUCUCAUGAGAGAAAGGAAGAUCUUUUCUAGAAAGAUAUCGAAUGAUGAUGGAGAAUUUAUUAAUCCAAGCUUACCUCCUCCUUCUGUUCAAAACUCAGAACCCAAACCAGACACUGAUGUUAAUGUGAUUUUAAACAGAGGGAAAGUGGAGAUGGACUUGAAAAGAACAUAUGCACCAAUAUUUGAAGUAAACCUAUGUUUGAGAAUUCUCUCUUCGGAUGAGUCUCCAGAGGACUCUGAAGAGAAGGCUCAGAAGUCUGACCAGACCCUUGACGAGUCUCUGACAUGUGAUGAUGACGAACUCUUCGAAAACAGACGAAGUUAUGUGAGAACUUCAAGUGAAGACCUGCUCUUGAAAUACAAUCAGCCGAGCAAGUUUGGCUCCCUCCUCCGACAGAUCCUUUCAGACACAGGACUCCAGACUGAGUCUGAGCGAGGGUACUUCUAUAAUAAAUCUUCUGAAUUCCCAACAAACCUCUUUAUACAUCCCAACAGACUGGACUUUUCAACACAAUUCCAAAAUGUGAUAGCAACUAUUGAAACAUAUAUAACCACAAUCGUUCCUCUUCACCAAGACCCUCGCCUGUCUACCAUUAUUGAAUUGGUUUCGGUUCCAGAUUUAUCUAAUGAGUCAGAAAGUAUAGUCAAAUAUAAGAAGCACAUUCGAUGGCCAGAUUACCAUAUCCUUUUUGAAACUGAUGCUGACUAUCAAAACAAAAUUGUGAGUCUGCUGACCAUUAUUGGUAAUUCAAUGGGCCUGGUUACCAAUUACAGCUGCAGUUUUCUAAAGUAUUGUUACAUGGUAGAAAAGGCCAAAGUCAUGAGUACGAAACUACCAUUUAUGGGGAUCUUAACAUCAACAGAGUUUAAAAGUAUAAUACAUAAGUUCAGAAGCUACCUAAAACAGAUUGUGACUAUGGAUAUUGAGAUGCGCCUUGGAAUUUUUUGCGUGAAAAGUUUGGAUUAUCAAUUAGCAUGCUUACCAUAUGUUGAUAACAUCAUAGAAAUGAGCUACGACCUGUUACGUUAUACAAUUGAGCAAAAAAACACGAAUCUAUUGGAAACCUUAGAUUCAUCACUGCACCAGCUGGCUUGUGAGCCUGCACAAGUAGAGGAAUUUGUGGACCAUUUUAAUUUUUUGGAAGAAAUCACUUCGAGUGUUUCUGAAUUAGAAAAAGACGUUUCCACAAUUUCUCAGCUGUAUUCUGUUGUGAGGGAUUACCAGAUCGAUAUUUCUGAAGAGCAGAAGGCCAUCUACAGAAUCCUUUUCAUGAAGUUUAAUCAUCUAAAAACAGCUAUGAAGUUAAUUGCCACAAAUAAAGAGGCCAUCCUAAAUAAAUUCAGGAACAGUUUGGAAACACAUAUUAUUGGCCUACGAGUAGAUGUCAGUAACCUAAAGGAUAAAAUAAGAAGUCCCAUCCUGCUGUGUGGCAGUACUCCAGUACCAAAAGCCAAAGACCUGGUCAAGUCUCUCACAGCGGAAGCGGCAAACUUGACUAACAAGGUGAAGACCUACGCAAGCUACCAGGACUAUUACGACGACUCCCAAUCCCACAUGCACUCCCUCAACAUGGAAGAGAUCACACAGAUUGUGUUGACUGAGAUCUCUGAGAUCGAGUGUGACCUGAUGCUGAGAAAACUCUUAUGGGACGCCCAAGAAGAGUGGGGCACCCUGUUCUGGGAGUGGAGGGGCUGCACUCUCCAAAGCAUAGAUAUGGACUUAGUGAGGAGCAACGUCUCCAAGUGGCUGCAUAUAAUCAUCGUCCUGGAAAAAGGUUUACCUAAAAGUGACAUGGUAGCACACCUCAAGCAGUCAGUGCUGGACUUCAAGCAAGAGCUUCCAAUCCUCACAGCGCUGGGAAACCCUUGUCUCAAGCCACGUCACUGGGAGGCUCUGCGGGAGAUAACCGGAAAGUCAGUUUCCCUCGAUAAAAAUCUCUCAGUAGAGAAACUUCUAGCACUCAAGAUGUUUCCGUAUGAAAGGAAAAUAAAUGAAAUAUCGGUCUCGGCAACAAACGAAGCCGCACUGGAGAAAAUGUUGUUUAAGGUCAUUGAGGUCUGGAACAAUUCUCCCCUGCAUUUGAUUUUCCAUCACACAGAGAGUUCCUCCAUCCUCAUCAUCGCCUCCAUCGACGACACAAUCACUCAGCUGGAAGACUCCCAGGCCAUCCUCGCCACAAUCAAAGGAUCUUCCUAUCUGAUGCCAAUUAAGAAUCUUGUGAAUGAAUGGCAUCAAAACUUAAGCCUCUUCUCUUACACCAUUGAGGAAUGGAUGAACUGUCAAAGAAAUUGGCUUUAUCUUGAACCAAUCUUUAAUUCUUUAGAAAUACAAAAACAGCUGGCAGCCGAAACAAAACUUUUCUCCCAGGUGCUCGUCAUGUGGAGAGAAAUAAUGUCGAGAGUACUGAACAAGCUAAAUGCUUUGCAUAUAACUAUCUCUACAGGAGUCAUCGACGUUCUGAAAAUUUGCAAUGCAAAUCUUGAAAAUAUAAAGAAAAGUCUGGAGGAUUACCUUGAAAUUAAAAGAAUGAUUUUCCCAAGAUUUUACUUUCUCAGCAAUGCUGAACUUCUUGACAUUCUAGCUGACAACAGGAAUCCCCACUCCGUGCAGCCUCAUCUCGUGAAAUGUUUUGAAAACAUAAAACACAUGCUACUAUGGAAACAAGAAGUUGGCCCUCCGGCUGUGAAGAUGCUCAUCUCUGCUGAAGGAGAAGGCCUUGUGCUACCCAAGAAAAUUCGUGUGAGAGCCGCUGUAGAGCAGUGGAUGGUGAAUGUUGAGAAGAGCAUGUACGACGUCCUGAAAAAAUUGGGUGCUUCUAUUAACAUGUGUUUCCCUCCCUUUAUUUUUCAGAGCCAGAUCAUGUUUAAUAGUUAUUGUAUGAAAGGUUUUAUGAGUUCUAAUCCAAGAGAAAAGCUAGAAGCAGCCCAUGCCCAUGUGCUGAGUCAAAUGGAAGACUUGACCGCCCUGGUCACCCUGAAUACUAGCAACUUUCGCGCAAAAGUCAUGCUAGCAGCAAUGCUGACCAUAUCUGUGUACUGCCGAGACAUCGUGACGGACCUGCUAGAUAAGAACAUCUCUAGCGCAGAGGACUUUGACUGGACGAGGCAUUUGCGAUAUAAAUGGGAUGAAAAGCAGAAGUUGUGUUACAUAUCUCAAGGAAACACCAAUUUUGUUUACGGCUAUGAGUACUUGGGCUGUGCACCAAGGCUGGUCAUCACACCCCUCACAGAGCGAUGCUGGCUGACUCUCACCACAGCGCUGUCCUUCAACCUAGGAGGCUGCAAUGCCGGGCCGGCAGGUGUAGGGAAAACUGAGACUAUUAAAGACCUGGCAAGAAGCUAUGGCAAACAUUGUGUGGUGUUCAACUGUUUUGAAGAUUUGGAUUAUAAGAUAAUGGGGAAAUUAUUCUUCGGGUUGGUGCAGUCGGGAGCUUGGUGCUGUUUCGAUGAGUUCAACAGGAUAGAUAUAGAAGUUCUCUCGGUCAUUGCCUCGCAGAUCCUAACCAUCAAGGUUGCAAAAGACAGCUACUCUGUGAGAUUCCUACUGGAUGGUAAAGAACUACGUAUCAAUAUGUCAUGUGCCAUGUUUGUCACCUUAAAUCCUGGAUAUAGAGGUCGAGUUGAGCUCCCAGGGAACUUAAAAUCUCUGUUUCGCCCGGUGGCAAUGAUGGUGCCCCACCACAAAAUGAUCACUGAAAUAAUUCUCUUCUCAUUUGGCUUCAAAUCUUCAAGAUCACUAUCAGGAAAGCUCGUUAACCUUUACGAUUUAGCCAGCAAGCAGCUGUCAAAGCAGGAGCAUUAUGAUUUUGGCAUGAAGACCUUGAAGACCGUUUUAAUAAUGGCAGAAAAGAAGAAACAGGAGUAUAAAUGCCUUUCGGAAGCAGACGAAUCUCUGAUCAUUAUUGAGGCAAUCCAAGAAGCUAGCUUAUCAAAGUUCCUUCCCGAAGACGCCCCACCUUUUGAAAAGAUCAUGGAAGAUACUUUCUCUGGAGUAACAGUUUCGAAAGUCCGUCACCUUGCCUUGGAGAAAGCAAUAUCUAUCGCAACAGAACAAUUAAACUUUCAACAUUGGCCUCCUCAGAAAGAGAAGAUCAUACAGUUGUACCAUCAGCUCCAGGCUUGUGUCGGUGUGAUACUAGUGGGCCCAACAGGUGGAGGGAAGACCACCGCCAGGAGGAUUUUAGAGAAAGCAUUAAUAAUCCUUCCUGUGGCAGCUAAUUUAUCAUUUAAAGAAAGGCAAUCUGAUUCAAAGCUUGUAGGAAGAAAAGGAAAAGUUGAUGUUUGUGUUUUGAAUCCAAAAUGUAUCACCCUUAGUGAACUAUAUGGACAGUUGAACAUUAAUACCAUGGAAUGGAGUGAUGGGUUAUUGUCAGCAGCAGUUCGAAAUUUUGUGCAUAUUAGCACUGCAGAAUACUCCAAGAACGACAGUGAUCUUGGACUAAUGUCAAGAAUUACAGAUUUGUCUAAUAUUUUCCAAGUUGGUGUCUCCACGGCAGCAGAUAUCGAUAACAAUGUUUUUAUGAAGGAAGUAGAAAAAGAUGUUAAAACUCCAGAAACUUAUAAUUUCGAUUGGCAGUGGAUUGUUUUAGAUGGCCCAGUCGACACUUUAUGGAUAGAAAAUCUAAACACUGUCCUCGAUGAAAAUAGAACGUUGUGCCUGGCCAACAGCGAAAGGAUGGCCCUGACUAACAAAAUCCGAGUGAUUUUUGAAGUGGACUCUAUCUUUAAUGCCACGCCUUCCAUUGUCACCCGGUGUGCAGUGGUGUACAUGGACCCUGUUGAUCUGGGAUGGAAGCCUUAUAUUAAGUCGUGGCUUUUGAAAACCUCAAAAAUCAUAAGUCAGCGAGGAAUGGAGUGUCUUGGAUUAAUGAUUACAAAGAGUGUUACAGAAGGGCUGGAGUUUCUGAAGAGGCACAGGAAGUUUAUGCCGUACCCCAUACAGGAUGUGUCGGUCGUCAUGACGCUCUGCAGGAUUCUCGACGCUUUGUUUGAGUUCAUGCACAUAAAGAGGGGAGGGGCAAAAAGUGAUGAUGGAACGGAUGACACCUUCACUAGAGAGACAAAAGCUACGAGAGUCAAGUUCAAGAAUACAGAAAAGAGGGAUGAGAAUGCAUGGUACCUGGAGAAAAAUCCUGAAAAGUUAACAGUAAUGAUUCAGAAGAUCUUCGUGUUUGCAUUUACGUGGGCAUUUGGAGGGGUUUUAAAACGCGAAGACCAACAUGAAGAAGACUUGCUAUUUCGUUCAAGUUUUGAACCUGAUUCUCUUGCAGAAGUAACCUACAAUUUUGACAACCUUGUUCAUGAAUUAUUUGAAGAAGAGUCAGAAAGAGACGGAGGUAUCAACUUACCAGGUGGUGAACGGUCUAUAUUUGGGUAUUUUGUGGACUUACAGAAUUGUGAGUUUAUGCCUUGGUCAGAUUUAGUUCCUAGUGCUCAGACAAUAAUUCAGAGAGGGACAUCGUUACUGACUGACUUCCAGGGAUCGAGUGACAGUGUGCUGAGGAUGAAGGAGUGCGGGGAGCAUGUGAACUACAUUGCUACCCGGGACACCAUCUGCCUGUCUUUCCUCGUGAGCCUUCUCCUGAAGAAUUCCUGCCCCGUACUUCUCACAGGAGACACUGGUGUCGGGAAGACCACUACCAUCACGGAGAUGCUUGACAAGCUAGAGGGCCGAGGAACAUUCGAUAUAAAAUUCGGGUCAAUUUUAGGAAAAGUCCUGUUACAUAAUGAAAUUAAAAGAACAAGCCUAAGGCAGAAUAUCAACAUCUUGAUUGCUGAGACCUACAAAGCAGCACUCGGAGGUUUUGAUCAGAGUACAAGGAGAGUAGAGAUUAAGAAUGAUGAAACCCCAGUUAAAAAUGACAAAGGAAUUAUAGUCUCUACAAUAAACUUCACCACCAACAUGACAGCCACCAAAACCAAGGAGCUGAUUCUACGGAAGUUAGUCAGAAGGACCAAAGACAUACUUGGAGCCCCGAAAAACAACAGGAUUGUAGUAUAUAUUGAUGAUUUGAAUAUGCCGGUACCAGACACAAGUGGAGCACAGCCACCCCUGGAAUUGAUCAGACAGUUAUUAGAAAUGGGUGGGCUUUAUGAUACUGAAAGAAACACAUGGAAGACCAUUCAAGAUCUUGCUAUAAUUGCUUCCUGUGCACCUUCUGCCAGUGGGAACGAUGUCAGCCCUCGCCUCCUCAAGCACUUCUCUCUGCUAGUGCUGCCUCAUCCUCCACAGAGCGCCCUGUAUACUAUCUUCCGGGCUCACUUGGGAAUGUAUUUCUCCAUCCAUAACUUCGUAGCUGAGGUUCAGAGGUGUAGAGACCAGAUUGUGCUUUGCUCCCUGGCGAUAUACUAUCAAGUCUGCAAGAACAUGCUGCCAACGCCGACCAAAUGCCACUAUAUGUUUAACCCCCGAGACAUGUUCAAGCUUCUACUGGGGUUGAUGCAAGCAGACAAGAGUGUUAUCAACUCCAAAGAGAUGGCUGCUAAGCUCUUAGUCCAUGAAGCCAGCCGAGUGUUUCAUGAUCGUUUAGUGGAGUCCAGUGAAAAAAGUCUUUUCUACCAGCUUCUCUCAAAGGAACUCCAAAACCAUCUGCAGAUUGGAAUCGACGGAUGUGGAAAAGAAACUUACGCAACCUUAGCCUGCUAUGUGGCAGAACACAAACUCCACCGAGUGCCAAUAGCUCACAACUCUGCCAUCUUAGACUUCAGAGAAAUGUUUAAGAAGGUGUUUAUUCAAGCCGGCUUGGAAGGGACCCCCACUGUUGUCAUGGUCGACGACUUACAAGAAGAGCAAGCAUCAUUUCUGGAAGAUUUGAACUACAUUAUCAACGGAGGAAAGGUCGCUACUUUGUUUGAGAACGAGGAGCUGAAUUCUAUUGUUAUGAGAAUGAGAACCUUUGCUGAACAGUCUAAUUUCAUGGAUGACAGAAAAUAUCUACUCUCAUUGUUCCAGAAGAGAGUAUCUAAAAACCUGCACAUUUUCAUCAUCAUGAGCCCUGUAGGAUCUAACUUCCGCCAUAAAUGCAGGGUUUACCCCUCUAUGAUUACGGCCUGCACCAUCGACUGGUUCCAGAGGUGGCCCGAUGAGGCCCUCCUUCUUGUGGCCAACUCCUACCUAGGAGAAAAGUUGAAAGUGGAGAACAAGAUGAAUAUAGUAACACAGUUUGCCCCAGCGUGUGUUGAAAUCCACAAAAGCAUGAAAGAUUUGAGCACAAAAUUCUUUGAAGAUACUGGAAGACACUAUUAUGUCACUCCCAGUAGCUACUUGAAGUUUCUGGAGACGUUCAGCCACUUUCUGAGCAUCAGACAGGAGGCGAUGCAGACGAAAAGAAACCGUUUCUACAUGGGACUCUCCAAGAUCCUGGAAGCCACUGUGUUAGUCACGGACAUGCAGGAAGAGCUUUUGAUCAUUGGCCCUCAAAUAGAACAAAAAGCAAAGGAAAAAGAAAUCCUGAUGGAAAAGCUACGGAAAGAUUCACAAAUAGUUGAAAAAGUUCAGGUACUUGUGAAACAGGAUGAGGAGAUCGUGGCUGAAGAAGUAAGGAUUGUGGAAGACUAUGCUCAGAAAACCACCAAUGAGCUAAAAAGUGUGCUGCCCGCUUUAGAAAAGGCAAUUGUAGCUCUGAAUGCCCUGGAUAAAAGUGAUAUUUCUGAAUUAAGAGUGUAUGCACGCCCCCCCUUCCUUGUCCUGACGGUCAUGAAUGCUGUGUGUAUCCUUCUACAGAAGAAACCUAACUGGGCAACAGCUAAACUUCUGCUUUCCGAAACCAGCUUCCUAAAGAAACUGAUUAACCUGGACAAGGACAGCAUCCCUGAUAAGGUGUUCCUGAAGCUUAGGAAGAUCUUAAAUUUGCCUGAUUUCAAUCCCAAAAAGAUUGCUCUGGUUUCUGUGGCUUGUUGCUCCAUGUGUCAGUGGGUUAUAGCCUUGAAUGACUACCACGAAGUUCAGAAGGUGGUGGGCCCUAAGCAGGCACAAGUGGCUGAAGCUCAGAAUGUCCUUCGAAUCGCAAAGCAAAGGUUGUCUGAAAAACAAAGAGGUUUGCAACUGAUUGAAGAACAUUUACAUUUUUUACACACAUCCUACAAAGAUGUUGUUGCUGAGAAACAACAGCUGGCUUAUCGGAAGAAGCUGGCCACCAAGCGGCUGCAGUGCGCGUCCAUCCUGCUAACCGUCCUGGAAGACGAGAAGAUUCGAUGGCAAGAAACAGUCAAGGAAAUAGACCAGAAGCUGAAAGGCAUCUGCGGUGACAUACUUCUUUCCUCCGCGUCCAUUGCCUACAGCGGAGUCUUAACGCCAGAAUUCCGCCAGCCAGAGAUGCAGAAAUGGGAGGGCUUCUGCACGCAACACAAGAUUUCCUUGUCAUCCAAAUUUUCCUUAAUGGAAGUGAUGGCAGAAAAAAAUGAGAUCCGCCGAUGGCAUAAUCAAGGGCUGCCUCUCGGUCAGCACUCAACUGAAAAUGCCAUCUUGAUGAAAAGUACCCAGCAGUGGCCACUGGUGAUUGACCCACACAAACAAGCACUCCACUGGAUCCGUCAAAUGGAAGGGCCCCAGCUGCAAGAGAUUUCCGCGGAAGACAGCAGUUACCUCCAAAUGCUUAAAACCGCCAUGCAAGUGGGAGCCUGUGUCCUCUUGCAGAACGCCCCUGAGACAUUCCCUCCCAGCUUGAUGGCAAUUCUAAAGAAGGAUAUUUGCCAGAAAAGAGGGCAUUAUUACAUCAGAAUCGAUGAUGUUGAGAUUGAAUACAAUGAAAACUUCAGGCUGUACUUGUCUACAGAACUGGACAACCCCCACUUUCUUCCGUCAGCUUAUAACUUCGUUACUAUUAUCAACUUCACGGUAACAUUCCAGGGCUUGCAGGAUCAGCUCUUAUCGACAGUAGUAAGUCAUGAAGUUCCUCAUUUGGAAAACCAACGUGCCCAGUUAUUAGAGAGUAUUUCCCUUGAUGCUAUAACUCUGGAGGAACUGGAGGAUAAAACAUUGACCUUACUCCAGAAAACAGAAGGAAGUGUAUUAGAUGAUGAAGAAAUUGUAGAAACCCUAAGAAAAUCCAAAAUGACUUCAAAUGAAAUUUCCAAACGUAUCAAAGAAACAGAGAAAGCAGAACGUGAAAUUGGAGCGAUUCGCAAGAACUACCUCCCCAUAGCCACACGGGGCGCCCUGCUCUACUUCGUGCUGACCAGCCUCACGCAGGUGGAGCACAUGUACCAAUUCUCCCUGGAGUGGUUCCGGCAGGUUUUCGUUUUCUCUACAGUUUCCAAAACCAAAGAACAAAAGCCCGAUUGGCAAACGGACGAAACAGCUCAGGAAAAAGCCGAUGAGAUGAGUGUCUCGAAUCAGCAGAAUCUGGAAAAUCCCUUGACCAAGAAUACUAAACAUGCAAUCGACGUGCUGACAAGAAACGUGUUUAGGGUGGUCUCUUCAGCUCUAUUUAACGAGCAUAAACUCUGCUUCUCCUUCCGGCUUUGCACCACAAUCAUGAGAGAUAAUGCCAGCGACCGUCUGAUGGCCAGUAACAUAGGAUUUCUACCAGAAGAAGAAUGGAACAUCUUUUUAUAUUCUGACAUUUUGAUAAAUAUUAAAAAUAUGCUACUAUCCAAGCCUCGACUGAAUAGUAUAUUUGAAAUACGUAGAAAGGAGCAUCUUCAGUGGGUGUCGGACCUGAGAUGGAAGCAGUGUCAGUACAUCAGCGGCCAGAUGGAGCCCUUCUCCCUUCUCUGCAGAUCGCUCCUGUCGAAUAAGUGGCAGUGGAAUGCCUUCAGGGACACGAAGGCUGUGUACUCUCUAAUGUGCACACCCUUCUCCCCAGAAGAGGUUUCACCUCAGGAAAGUCACAGAUCACCAGAGGAGGCUGCACUUCUGAAUGAAAACGAUGAAAUGUUUAACCCUAUAAGUUUUCCUUGGGAAAAACUCACUCCGUUUCAAAGACUUAUUUUGAUUAAAGUUCUUCGGCCGGAUCGUUUAGAGAAUUCAGUAAGAAAGUUUGUAACUGAAAAAAUGGGAAGUGAAUACAUCCAUGAGACUACAGUUCAUCUGAAAGAAUCGUACAAAGAGUCCACUGCUCAAACACCGCUGAUCCUCAUUCACACCUAUGGGAUUGACCUCAACAACAUCCUCCUGAGAUUCGCACAAGAGUUAAAAGGAACAACCCCACAGGUGACGAUGAUUUCCCUGGGCCGAGGCCAGGCAGCCAAGGCGGAGGAGCUCAUCUUUAAGGCCGUGGGCAGAAAGAAUCAGUGGGUCUUCCUCCAGAACUGCCACCUCGCAGCAUCCUUCAUGCCAAGGCUCUGCGCUAUCAUAGAGUCAUUUAGUAAUCCAGAUAUGACGUUAGACCCUGACUUCAGGCUUUGGUUGAGCUCAAAAUCAUAUGGUUCUUUCCCAAUUCCUAUUCUUCAGAAGGGCGUGAAGAUUGCUGUGGAGCCUCCCCAGGGAUUGAAAAGCAAUUUACUUCAAAUGUUUGGAUAUGGCGGGAGCGGAGAAGUAACAGAAGAGAUAUUUGACAAAAAUGACUGUGGACCAUGGUGGAAAAAGAUUCUAUUCAGCCUCUGUUUUUUCAAUGCUGUGAUCAACGAGAGGAGAGUGUAUGGAACACUAGGCUGGAACGCCCCUUACAAAUUCAGUUCUUCAGACUUAGAGGUUUCCAUUAAGAUACUGGGAAAUGUCCUCCCUGGCCGGUCAGAAAUUCCAUGGAAGGAGCUCAACUACCUGAUUGCAGAAGUGACCUAUGGUGGUCACGUCACUGAUAAAUGGGACAAGCGAUGCCUGAAGACCCUCUUCAACAAGUUCUGCAGCCCUGAAGUGCUGAAGGCUGACUUCAGUUUCUCUAGCGAUGAGCCAGUGCCCAGCUCUGCAAGCUUACAGGACUGCAUACACAUUAUCCAGUCCUUGCCUGAUGACGACUCUCCUGAAAUCUUGGGGAUACACCCCGAAGCCACACACACCUGCAGCGAGAUCAAGUGUCAGAAGUUCAUUGAAAAUCUCAUCACCAUGCAGCCAAAAGCUGCUCCUGUCAACCUCAUGAUCAAUCCCGAGCAGAGCAAUGACGACCUGGUGAUGGAGAUCCUAUCUGACAUCCUGGUUCAGCUGCCCCUGACAGUGGAGAACGAGGAAGCCUCAGGGCCUGAGAGUCAGAGCACAUUCAAGUUCAUCUUGUCAAGUUCAAUGUGGGAGAAACUUCAGAGCAAUGUUGAAGGCCAUGAUCCCCUCAUCCACUGCGUCCUGAUAACCUUUCUGAGCCAAGAAAUAGAGCGUUUCAAUAAGUUAUUAUCUGUCAUACAUAAAUCCUUAAAGGAUCUUCAACUUGCCAUAAAAGGAGAGAUCAUCCUCACUCAGGAUCUGGAGGAGAUCUACGACUCUUUCCUUAGAGUCAAGGUGCCCAAGCUGUGGCAGAAGAACGCCUACAGGUCCUGCAAGCCCCUGAGCUUCUGGGUGAGCGACCUCAUCCAGCGGGUGAACUUCUUCAAUACCUGGGCCAAAGUGGCCUACACUGCCAUCCACCACCGGUAUAUGACAUUUGUCGCGACCUGGAAACAGUCUUCUACACCAGCCAACCAGAAAUUCAGACAUCCCACUGACUCUGCUAGCCAUUUCGUUGAAGGCUUCCCUGCAAGAUACUGGCUCCCCGCUUUCUUCUCUCCACAUGCCUUUCUUACUGCUGUGCUUCAAGACUAUGGAAGGGCCCAGGGAAUCUCCAUGGACAUGCUGACUUUCUCUCACAAAGUGAUUCAUACAGCCAGCACUACGCAGGAGGAUGAAUUUUCUAAACUGCUCCAGAAGAGGCUCAACAUAGUCAGGAGAGCCUUCCAGGCCCAAGACCACUCUCCCAGUGGAGUGUGUGUUUUCGGUUUGUUCAUUGAGGGGGCACGGUGGGACCCUGAACAGGAAGUGCUGGAAGACUCGCUACCCGCUGACCUACGCUGUGAAUUCCCUGACAUCUGCUUUUUGCCAACCGAGAUUGAAGCAUCCCAAGCUUCUGACUACACAGACUCAGAACUCCAUACUUUUGAAUGUCCAGUUUUCCAAACACCUGAGAGGUCAAGAAACACUACUGGUUCACCAAACUUAUUAACAUCCGUGCAUUUACCAACGAAGAAGCCUCCCAGUCACUGGAUCACCAUGCAGGUUGCACUGCUGUGUGAAAAGAAUGAAUGA